AUGCCACCCAUAACCAUCACCCUCGACAUUCCCAAGGACCUGGUCAAGGCCAUCUACGCCAACGAAGUCCAUGCAAAGAGUGCCAACUCCGCCUUCACCGAGAUCAUCUCAACCAACAAACAAGCCAUCAUCGACGCCGUCCUUACGACUUACAUCCUCAUGGUCGACGUCGUCCCAGGGUACCCCGACCCUGUGCUCAUUCCAGUCACAGGCGAGACCUCCGUCAUGGAGUUCUUCAGGUCGAUCAAGAAGGCCUUCUACGAGCUGGCUGAGGAGAAGGAGUGGAGAGUGCCUCGGGGAGAGCAGCAGAUUAUCUGGUCGGGUCUGCAGACGGCUUGUCGGUGUGGGGUGGAGGCGUGUGGGUGCACUUUGCGUGAGGUGAGUCCAGUACUGGCCAAGGGGUUCUCAGAGUUGUUGGCAGAGUUUUAA